AGCAUGCAGUGCGUAUAAACUGCAGGCAUUUUCAGUUUUGCUUUGGCUUGGAGUCUCUGCUUUCGCUGGGAAUGUUGCAGUAGUUUGUAAUUUCAGCGAUAAAGUAAUUGAAUUUGUUAUACGAGUAUUUCAACUUGAUAUGAUAUAAUAUGUCGUUUUUAUACGCUGUCUUGGUCCAUCGUCACAUAAAUCGGCUCUGAGUGUGAGAGAAUUUUGCACAUCAAUGUGUUUGUUAAUCUAAACUGUGAAGAGAUCCCGAGCCGUUUGUAUUUGCAGAAUAGUUCAUCGUCACCGAUUACGGUGUUUAUUAGUGGCAGUACUGAUGGGCCUAGUGGUUACGUUUGGAUGUCUAGCUUCUAGGUGCCAUCUUUUGUGUAUUCCGCUGCCCGCUUGACCGUUCGGGCGAAUUCCAUAUUUGACAUUGUGUCAUCUUCCAGCUGAUGGUGGCGAUAUGAAAGCGCAGCAUGCGCGAAGCAGGAGACGAUGAAAAAUACACCUGAUCCUUCACGGAUGGUGGGACCGACGGGGAUCACCUCGCAGACGCAAACGGAGAUCGUUCAGCCACCUUCCGAAUACGUAUUCACGCGGAAGUGGCAAGUGUUUCCAGGACGGACCAAAUUUUUUUGUGGUGGACGCUUCCUUUUAUCCCAUCAGUAUGGCAUAUUCACCCUGACUCUCUUCUUGAUAGUCGCCACGAAUGUUUUGUUUUUCGUCUUCGACUGUCCCUUCUUAUUCCAAAAUGUCUCUGUGGCAAUUCCGAUCGUCGGUGCUCUGUUAUUUGCCUUUACCUUCAGUCUUUUAAUGCGUACUGCUUUUAUGGAUCCCGGAAUUAUUCCACGAUGCCUGCCAGACGAGGCAGCCUACUGGGAAGCGCGUCUUUCAUAUUUUACUACUGAUUCCACUGGUCAGCACACUGAUAGCCAUAACAACAUGAACAGAGCUGUGGCACGUUUCCUCGAUGUACCGAUGAACCACGUGCUGAAGUUGAAAUGGUGCCAUACUUGCAAAAUGUAUCGGCCUCCUCGUUGCUCGCACUGUAGCAUAUGCGACAACUGCGUUGACCACUUCGAUCACCAUUGUCCCUGGGUAGGGAAUUGUGUAGGACGAAGAAACUACAGAUAUUUCUACAGCUUCGUGGUGACACUCUCCUUGUUGGCAAUAUUUAUAUUUUCUUGCAAUGUGGCUCACCUAGUGCUGCGCUCUCAACAGAGCGGAUUUGUCGAAACUAUCAAAGUGACACCCGCGUCACUAAUUGAAGCCAUAAUUUGUUUUCUGUCAUUAUGGUCAUUACUGGGAUUGGUGGGAUACCAUACGUACCUGGUUUCAUUGAACAUGACGACCAACGAAGAUAUAAAAGGAGGCUAUCCGAGCUCGGAGACGACACCAAACAAUUUUUAUUCGCACGGAAAUUUGUUUAUGAACUUUUUUAUGAUUAUCUGCGGACCGCGUACGCCCAGUUUCAUCGAUGCUACGGGUCCAGUUGAUGCCAGCCUGAUGGCGAUGAUCCAGGAAGCGCGCUCCGUUUCUCCUCGGAACACAAGCACCGUAAAUGUGGCUUCCCGGCCUCCGUUGCAAGCUCGUGAUCCAGUUUUACCGUCUGUGAUACCCGAUAGAGCAGUCCCAGCCCAACCCGCACAAAUUGCUUUGGAUAUGACCACACCGCAAGCUGUCCAUUCCGCGUAUCCGGUGGCCUGAAAUAAAUUAAUAUAGCGAGUACUACGACUGCAUGCAGCUUCCUUUCUACACCUUACACAAGCGGGUUUGAUCUCUGAACUUUUUAUGGAAAUAUUGUAUUGUUAAUGUGCGAAUGAAUUCCGAUGUGGGCUGCUGUUGCUGAUUUCAGCCUUUUUUAGAAGUGAUAAUGUAAAAUGAUUAUUUGUGUAAUUACGAUUAGAAUUUUUAUUGAUAUUACUGCAUUAAAUUCAAUAAAUUAUUAUGGAUUUUUUGGAUUGCUUUUGGUUGUUCUUUGCUAUUGCAUUUGUCAGUUGCGCAUGGUGAUUUUAGAAUUUUAACGCAGAUUUUGUUCAAGUAAAGCCGUGUUACGCA